AUGGAAGUGCAGGAAGAAGGCAUGAGCCUGGAAAGCUUUCUGAAGUGGGCAGCAGACCUUGGAGUUUCAGACUCGACAGGAGCGGUCCCUUAUAACUGUUUGGGACAUUCUCUCUCCCUCUCCUACUUUCCUCACGCCGGCGGUAGAGGUUUGGGUGCUGUGCGUGAUCUUAGAAAGGGAGAGCUAAUUCUUAGAGUUCCAAAAUCCGCUUUGAUGACCAGGGAAAGCUUGUUGAAGGAUCACAAGCUCUCUGUUGCUGUUAAUAAACACCUUCCUCUCUCCUCUAUCCAGAUAUUGACUGUGUGUUUAUUAUAUGAAAUGGGUAAAGGAAAGAGUUCAUGGUGGCACCCUUAUCUGAUGCACUUGCCGCGCGGUUAUGACAUUUUAGCAACUUUUGGCGAAUUCGAGAAGCAAGCUUUCCAAGUUGCUGAUGCUAUCUGGGCCGCAGAAAAGGCCAUAUUAAAGGCAAAAUUAGAAUGGAAAGAAGCUAAUCAACUGAUGGAAGAACUUAAGCUUAAGCCUCAACUUCUGACGUUUAGGGCUUGGCUUUGGGCUGCUUCAACUAUAUCCUCACGUACGUUGCAUAUACCAUGGGAUGAAGCGGGAUGUUUAUGUCCUGUGGGAGACUUAUUUAACUAUGCUGCACCAGGAGAGGAGACAGUUUGUUCUGAAGAAGUAGACAGUUGGAUGAGUGCCCCACCCUUUCAGGUCUCUUCUCUGUUGAAUGGGGACUGUGCACAGACUUCUUGCACGGAGCAAUUUGAUACUCAUGAUCAGAGGUUAACUGAUGGCGGGUAUCAGGAGGAUAUUGCUGCAUAUUGCUUCUAUGCUCGGCAAAAUUAUACAAAAGGAGAGCAGGUUCUUUUAUGCUAUGGGACAUACACGAAUUUGGAGCUUCUUGAACACUACGGGUUUCUACUAAACGAAAAUUCCAACGACAAAGUUUUUAUUCCCUUGGAACCUGAAAUUUAUUCCUCCAGUUCAUGGCCAAAGGAGUUGUUGUAUAUUCAUCAAAAUGGAAGGCCAUCCUUUUCCCUAUUGUCGGCUCUGCGAUUAUGGGCAACCCCUUCAAACAAGCGGAGAUCUGUAGGACACCUUGCUUAUUCAGGUUCUCAACUCUCAACAGAGAAUGAGAUACAUGUUAUGAAAUGGAUAUCAAAGAAAUGCAAUGCCAUUGUGAAGAAUUUGCCAACAUCAAUCGAAGAAGACAGUUUGCUACUAAGUUCCUUUGACGAAAUCCAAGAUAUCCAUUCCAUUUUGGAGCCCGGGAAGGCGUUAUCGGCUUCUAGAGAGAUUAGGGCAUUCUUAGAAGCCAAUAAUGUAGAAAGUGAUAGUAAUUUACUUCUCUCCAGGAAAAUUAGAAGGUCAAUCGACAGGUGGAAAUUGGCUAUCCAGUGGAGGCUCAGAUACAAGAAGAUCCUUCUUGAUUGCAUUUGUUAUUGCACUGAAAUAAUAGAUUCUCUCUUCUGAGAAAUGUUUCAGCUUUGAGAAUUGAAUGAGGCCUAGUUUAAUACUCCCUCUCUCUCUCUCUCUAACCGUAGAAUGCCCAGAUACAUAUUCCACCUGGAUCGGAUCGUCAAAACCAGAAACUGACAAUGAAAGAUAAUAAUUUUGUUCAUAUUAUGGUUUGGUAAGUUCUCAAAACCGCAAAGCUCAAAUAUUGCAUCUCAUGUGGAGGUCGUGAAACAGGUGGGUAUGACAUCCAACUCAUGUUUUAAUUUGCAUACAAUCACAAGCUUGGCGUAUAGGUUCAUUUCCAAUACUGAUCGUGAAACACCAUGAGCAGCAGGAUGUUGAGGUCCGAAGUUUGAAGUGAAAUUUUUGAUUUGCCUGUUCCUAGUCGUCAUGGGAAAGAAAGGCAGAAAUAAAAAAGAGAUUAUUCCAUGAGAGCUUGUCCAGUACUACCAGUACCUGAAAUGCAUCUCCUUUGCCCGCGCGCAAUAGCUCUACCUGGACCUGGCGUGCCGCCUUGCCAUGCAAGCGAAGCGCAAUUGGCGGCGGGGGGCAGCAGUGAGGAAUCUUGGACAAUGGGUAGAAGCCCAAUCCAGCAAUAUCGCAUGAGUGAAGAAGGGCAAUGCCGCUUGUAAAGCGCUUACCAGAUGAACAUCAUAAUCCAAAUAUUCAUAAAGUGCUGAUAAAGAGUACAAAUCUGAUAAAAAAAAAUCAGAUUUGUCAAUUUGGUUGGUUAGUUAUUGAUUCAACCAUACAUUCUUAAUUAUUUCAUAAUUUGUGGGCUGUUAUAUCAAUUUGUAUUCUGAACUUAUUGGUUGCAGCACAUACUAUCUUCAUCACUUAAGAUGAGAAAUGCUAUCACUAUUAGAAGCAAAAUUUAGUAGCGAUUUUAAUUGGAAAAUGGAUUUGGACUCAGGCUGGAGAAGGAUAGCAGCAUGGUAAUAGGGGUCAUCCAUCUGUUUUGAGAUGUUCAUCGCAUACGUUGAUGUAUAGUAUUAGUGAUAUUGAAUGAUUAUAUAUAUUCGAGUAUAUGGAUCAUAGAACAUAAGAUUGAGAAAAAAAAAAUGUAUUAACCUCAAUUCAUUAUUGUUUGUACCAUAUAAUUUGUCGGACACCAUAAGUAGAGUUUGUAUCCCUACACGUAAAAGGAACAUUAAGAGCAAAUCAUCAGACAUUUCCCUUAAGUAAAAAACUUUACACGAACUGAACAUUCUAUAAAAUUCGAUUCUUCAAAGCUUCUUGUCGAUCCGCCACGCUUCACCUUCAACUACAGACAACAGAUUGCAGGAGGUACAAGGAACAAAAGACUAUGACCCCAGUCGGUGAAACUACGCAGAUUCAAGUAUUUGGCCAAAACAGACCUGCAGUUUAAUUGUUAGCCUUAUAUAUUAACAUUAUGAAUUACCGUAAUACAAACAGAAUUCUUGAGAUAGCAAUACUCUGUGAUUGCAUUUGAUUAAAAUUUUAAUUUUCAUUGAAUGGUAUAAAAAGAAUGAUCAAAUCACAGUAAUGAGAGAGAUGGAUCAGAACAUUUGGCUUGGUUUCUCAAAAGAGAAAAAUCGCACAGUUUAAUCAGCUUCGAUCAUUUGGGGAAAGGAUCAUCACUUCCAUCUCUCAUAAAUUACAUAAACAUUUAAACAAAGACUCGGACAAUUAUAGUAAGAUUACAAACAUAAAAGAAAUAAAAUCGAAGACCAAUAAUGGAUCAGAAUACUGGCUUGGAUUCUCCUAAAAAGAGAAUUACAAAAAUGUAGCACAGUUAUAAUCAGCUUCGAUUAUUUGGGGAAAUAGUCAUCACUUCCAUCGUUCACAAAUUACACAAUCAUUUAAAACAAGUUUCGAAAAAAAUUGUGUACAUUCAAAAACACAAAAGAACUAAAAUUGACGACGAAGAAUGGAUCAGAACACUGGCUUGGAUUCUCCUAAAAAGAGAAUUACAAAAAAUAGCACAGUUAUAAUCAGCUUCGAUCAUUUGGGGAAAUAAUCAUCACUUCCAUCUUUCACAAAUUACGAAAUCAUUAAAACAAGUUUCGAAAAAAUUGUGUACAUUCAAAAA